AAGACGUCACCAAACAUCCCAGCUUAAUUGAGCUUCCAGAAGCUGUCGUGCGAGUAUUCGUAGUUACACAUUCAUCAAUCUGUACCACAACAAAAACAAGGCAGCACAUCUGCAAUUACCCUCACCGACUUCUUAAAAACUUCUCACAUUCCUCAACAUAUCAAUACCCUCGCCAAUAUGGUUCUCGAGGAUUCAUCUUCCAAAGAGGCAAACGAAUCAUUCGACUCAAUUCCUACAUCCGACAGCGAUCCCUAUGCGUCUGCCGGACAAGGUCAAGGUGGAGGCCAAGGUACGGGUAGACAAACAUACAGAGUCGAUGGCAGUACGAUACCUAAACCUUUGCCAAUAUUGGGUCCUCUAUUCGGUUUCAAUGAUGCCUUUCUAAGCAAGAUCAUCAAUGCCCGAGUUCAGAAUGCAGCCAAAGUUACGAAGCGACCUCUUAGACAGGAAGAAAUCGACGCCCUUGCAUUCCACACGGCGAAAAUCAUCAGAAUUAAUUCAUUUGCUCCUGUAGCAGGAUUAUCUGCGGGGAUCUACAGAGCAACUCAAACUGCGGCCACUUUCCGAUUUCCAUUCUAUCAACCAAAUCUUGAAACGUUCAAUUCAAAUGUAUUUCCCCAUCCGCGAAUGCCUUAUAUCAGGGGAUUUCCGGCGAUCAUUGCCUGGCACACAUUUAGGGGCUUAUGUUACUGUUAUGUAGGACAAACGGUAUCAAAAAUUCUAUUUGGAGGAUAUGCAGCUAGUGUAGGGGCAGUAGGACAAAUGGGAGAUAAACGAUUAAAAGAUAUUGUAAAAGCUACCACGGAAGAAGUUGCCAGAACUCAAAAGAAUCUACCUAGUCCAGCAGGAAUUCCAAGACCACGAAUGAAGCCGGGACAAGGACAAUCACAAAGUGGAAAUACUCAGGAUCAUGAUGAUGCUAGUCCAACGGGUGGCGCAGAUUGGUAUGGAGAUGAUGGUGCAUCGGGAUCUACACAAUCAACUCCUCAAACCUUUCCACCCAUGAAACCACAAAGACAAUUCCCCACACAAGCUCCAGCUCAAGCACCAGCACAAGAAGAAGAAAAACCAUUUGAUUUAUUCGAUGAUGCAUCACCUACCAGUGGACAAGGAAUGAAUACCAAUACAAGCACAUCUCAAUCUUCCAAACCGACUUCAGGUUCAGCAUGGGAUAGAGUUCGUCGUGGUGAAAAACCUGCUUCUAAUAUCAAUACACCUUCACAGUCUCGAAAAUCUGGCUGGGCGACAAAUACACCUAAAACAUCUGAAGUAGCAAGUACAGAUACUUUUGCAUUUUCUAAAACAGAAGAGGAGAGGAAUUUGGCGCAAUUGGAGGCGCAGAAGGAAUUUGAUGCGAGGGUUGAGAAGGAGAGAAGAGGUGGGGAUUUUAGUAGUGCUGGGGAUCAGAAGAGAUGGUGAAGUGGGGUUUGGAUAUUGUAUGGUUGUAUGAUUAUUUGGGUGGAAUUAUUAUUAGGUUCUUAUGGAUAUUGAGCGUUUAAGUUGUAUGUGCGUUUAUGAAUUGUAAUUGAAUGAAAUCGACAAAGGUAUUUCUCUAUUAUGAUCUU